AAUAAUAAAAUUAUUAAAAUUAUUAAAAAAAUAAACAUAAAAACACCUAAGAAAGUGAGACUUUUAAUGAAAGAAAAAGAAAUGUGCCUUAGAUUAAAAAGAAAGAAUACAAAAAAAUAUACAAAAAUAAUUAAAUAUUAAAUAAAAUACAAGAAAAAAAAAAUAUAUAAGUAAUAUUAAAUAUUAAAAAUAAUUUAUUAUACAUCAUUUGUUAUACGAAAUUAUACAAUAAAAAAAAAAUAGUAUUAAAUAGAUAGAUGAUUAAAUUUGUAGAUAAUAUUUUAAAUUUUAUAAUUGUUGUGUUAAAUUAAUUAUGUGAUAUGACUACUUAUAAAUUUCAACAAGAAUGUAUCCAGCUGGCGGAAAAGCGCCUCCUUCAUCGGGAAGAUCCGAAAAUUAUGCUGCACUUGCAUUAGAACGAAUUAAACAAGAUUUAGAUUUACAUAAAUGUGAAGGAUCACAGCACAAUUGUAGCACAACAAUACCGCAAGUAACUCUCCAAAAUGCUGGUAUUACAGAAAAUCAAUUAUCAGAACAGGACAUUUAUAAUUGGGACCAAUACUACACAACGGGUUAUCCUGAUAAAGGAUCAAACCGUUUACUCAAACCCACAUCUAAUGGUCGGCCAGAAUAUGCUGAAUAUUUACCGAAAUCUCCUUUAGAAGGACCUCCAACAUCAGUUUUAAAUGGUCAUAGUAAUAAGGUUCUACCCGGAUCAUUAGCAUCGAAAUUGAUGCGAAAACCUAGUAUAGAACGUGAAUUACCUGGCCUACAAUUUCAUAGAGGUAGUCCUGCUUUAGAUUCGGGUGCUGGAAGCUCAAGAUCAGAUAGUCCUCAUUCACAUUCACAACAAUUGCCUAGUAGUCGAACCAGUGUUGGGCAAUAUAGUCCUUCCCCAUGUCCUUCAAAUUAUAGUGAUGUUCCUCCACUGCCACCUCCUCGUAAUUCAUCGACACCACCAACACCACCGCCAGCCCCAGCAAAUUUACAAAUACUGAAGCGUCGUUCUCCAGCAGCUACAGCCAGACCAAUAGCAUUGCCAGCAGCUGCAUCUACUCGUGGAACAUCUCCUGUUAGUGGUACAGUUGUAUCCGCUUCAGUUUUACAACAAUCCCAAACAAAUCAUCGUCAAAUACCAGCUCCUGUGAUUCCGCAAAAUGGUCCCAAAGCUCAACAACAACUAUCACAACAAAUGCAAGCUUUAAGUUUAUAUCAGAGUGGUGGGAAUUCUGGUGAACCACCACCGCCAUAUCCAAUAAAUAAUUCUGGAGGACCGCCGCCACCCCCUAGUUAUACAGCUACUAUUCAAAAUCGUCAAAGUCCAACACAGUCACAAUCGGAUUAUAGGAAAUCUCCAAGCAGUGGCAUUUAUUCAGCUACGUCCGCAGGAUCACCUAGUCCAAUCACAGUUACAAAUAGUGCAAUUAUUCCCAGUUCUUCUCAAGCUGCUGCACAGGCUGCAGCAGCCGCGGCCGCAGCUAUGGUUCGGCCGCAACCUUGGGGUGCUUAUCAAACAAGGACUCAACCUCCAAUUAUUAUGCAAUCCGUUAAAUCGACACAAGUGCAGAAGCCUGUUCUUCAAACGGCUAUAGCGCCACCACCCCCAGCAUCUCCAUCUAUAUGUGCGUCCCCAGUUCAUGUUGCAAAUGCUCCUCCCUCAUAUGCAACAUCAAUACAACAAAAAACACAGCAGCAACAACAAACCCAAGCAUCACCUUUAAUCGCAGGAACAGCUACAACAGGACCACCACCACCAGUAAAAGCCAAACAUAUCACACCACCUACAACACCACCAGUAUUACCGUCUCUUAAUGGCAUGAAUAAUGGCAACAAUGGUAAUGGUAAUACUGUACCAACUUCCGAACCGCCUUCUUAUGCAAUAACAAUACAAGCUAUGAAGGCUGCUCAACAUCAACAGCAACAUCAGCAACAAAAUAAGCAAAUAGAAAAACCAUCAUCAACAACAAGUCGUCAAUUACCUCCACCUCCACCCUAUCAGUUAACACCCAAUAGCAAUAAUAGCCUUAGUCCUAAUAGCAAUCUAAAUAUAAAUAAUAAUUUAGAAGCAAAAAAUCUCACGAAUCAACAACAGUCUGUAAAUAGUAAUUUAAAUGAAACUAAUUCUAAUAUAAUAAAUAAUAAUAAUUUGACGACAACACCACCCAUACCACCUGCCAAAGUCAGUUCGUCAACUAGUUCUUUAGCAAGUUCGGAAAAAUCAAAAUCUUCAACUGCAAACAGUAAAUCUGAAAAUAUACGGAAAAUUAAACAUCAGUCACCAAUACCAGAACGUAGGAAAGUUUCAAAGGAAAAAGAAGAAGAAAGAAAAGAAUUUCGCAUUAAGCAUUAUUCACCGCAAGCUUUUAAAUUUUUUAUGGAACAACAUAUUGAAAACGUUAUGAAAUCUUAUAAACAGCGCAGUUUUAGAGCCAACCAAUUAGAAAAGGAAAUGGCAAAAAUCAAUCUUUCGGCACAAGCUCAGGUUCAAAUGCGUUUGAUGUUAAAUCAAAAGGAGUCAAAUUAUAUUCGUUUAAAAAGAGCUAAAAUGGAUAAAUCUAUGUUUGUACAAAUUAAACAUAUUGGAGUAGGAGCUUUUGGAGAAGUUAGUUUAGUAAGAAAAUUGGAUGCUACAAAUCAUUUAUAUGCAAUGAAAACUUUGAGAAAAGCUGAUGUUCUUAAAAGAAAUCAAGUUGCUCAUGUAAAAGCUGAAAGGGAUAUUCUUGCUGAAGCUGAUAACGAAUGGGUUGUUAAACUUUAUUACAGUUUUCAAGACAAAGAUAAUUUAUACUUUGUAAUGGAUUAUAUACCGGGUGGUGAUUUAAUGUCUUUGCUAAUCAAAAAGGGUAUUUUCGAGGAGCCUCUCGCUCGUUUUUAUAUAGCUGAAUUAACUUGUGCUGUGGAAAGUGUACAUAAAAUGGGUUUUAUUCAUAGAGAUAUUAAACCAGAUAAUAUAUUGAUUGACCGGGAUGGUCACAUCAAACUAACAGAUUUUGGUUUAUGUACUGGAUUUAGAUGGACUCACAAUUCAAAAUAUUAUCAAGAGAACGGUGAUCAUUGUCGUCAAGAUUCAAUGGAACCAUGGGAAGAUUACUCGGAAAAUGGUACCAAACCAACAGUUUUAGAAAGGAGAAGAAUUCGAGAACAUCAAAGAACGUUAGCGCAUUCUUUAGUCGGAACACCUAAUUAUAUUGCACCCGAAGUCUUAGAACGUAGUGGCUAUACACAACUAUGUGAUUGGUGGAGUGUUGGCGUUAUAUUAUAUGAAAUGCUUGUAGGACAGCCUCCAUUUUUAGCAAAUACUCCUGUUGAAACACAGCAAAAAGUUAUAAAUUGGGAGAAAACAUUAGUUAUACCACCACAAGCACAAUUAUCUAGAGAAGCUACAGAUUUAAUAAGAAGACUUUGUUCUGCAGCUGAUAAACGUUUAGGUAAAAAAGCUGAUGAAGUUAAACAACAUGAUUUUUUUAAAGGUGUCGAUUGGUCUGAUAUGAGAAAACAAAAAGCACCUUAUAUACCUAAAAUUGAACAUCCAACUGAUACUUCAAAUUUUGAUCCUAUUGAUCCUGAUAAAUUACGUGCAUCAAAUGAUUCAAAUGGUGGUGAAUUUAAUGAUGAUACUGGAAAACCGUUUCAUGGUUUCUUUGAAUUUACAUUUAGAAGAUUUUUUGAUAGUGAUUUAAAUAAAUUUCAUAAAACUAACACGGAUAUAAAUGAUGAUCAAGGACCUGUAUAUGUUUAGCAAAAUUAUGAAAUUAAAAAAAAAAAUGUUAUAGUAAUUUAAUUUAAAAGAAAGAAAUUGAUUAAAACAUUUCUAGAGUAUUAGAAAGUGUGUAUUAAAAUAAAAUAUAAGUUUUGUUUUCAUACACACAAAAACUAAAAAAAAAAAAAAAGGAAUUUUUUUUAAAUAAAUAUAUUUUUGUUUUCUAAUUGAACUAUUU